CGUGGUGGACGCUUGCCUCCUCCAGGACCGGAUGGCGUUAGUAGAAUGCAAAUACCGUUGACCGCUGGCUCUGCUAAUCUAUUGUAAUAAAAUGCAACCGUGCCAAGUUUGUAACCCACAGAGUAGUUUAUCUGUAAAGAAGCACCGCAUUUUAGUCAUACAUAUUACUUUCCCAUUUGUCCGGCCGAAAAUCCAAUUGCCAAUUCUUUUUCUCUUUUCCCAAAGGACUUCAGCGAUCGCGAUUGGAAAAAUGAGCACUAAGAAUUGAAUUUUCCUGCACUUACUGUUCGAAAUCAAGUCAUAUUGUCGAAUUUCGUUGAUGGAUCUAUUUACUUCUUCUUGUGUACUUU